AUGUUGUAUGGGAAAAAAGCAAACAUCUCCCACCAGCACCAACAUCACAUGCCAUUCUCCAUCCCUUCUCCAUCCUCCUCUUCGCCUCCCCUUCGAUCCUCCUCAUUCGCCCACCUCCCAAACACCUCUCAUGACUUUCACAUGCUGCUGCCUCUUCUCAUCUCCCACCACAUUCACACUGCAACAGCCCAUUUAUUGUUGACUUCUUCCAAACUGCCCUCAAUGCACCCUCAGUUUGGUGAGACAGACAGCACUCACCACGUCUUCCUCCUCCUCCUCCUUCUCGACAACCACCUGUCACUCCGACUCAAUCAUGCCAUUGCAGCAGGACACACUUCACACGAGGCUACUGCUUUUACUGUUGUAACUGGUGAUGGUGACAGCGACCGUAGUGGUGGUGGUGGUGGCGGCUGUGGCGCCAAUGCAACGUUCGAAUGA